CCUCUCUUUAUAAAGUCAUCAUACAUCAUGACGUUCAUGAAUUUACUAAAUGUUGCAAAUCCUCAUUAGAAAAGGAUGAAAUUUUUAAUACCUUCCCGCUUUGGAUCUCCAAUGAAAUGGCACUUCUGGAUCAAGAUCCCCAGACACCAGUACAAAUAUAUACUUCGAUAUGGACAAACAAUCAGCUUCUCUUUAUCUUUGUAUUAUCUGGUUCAAGAGGUUAUGUUGGAUGGUGUGGUGGAAUAGAAUGUAUACAACAAAUGGAUAACCAUGCUUUUGACAAUGUCAUUGUUUCUCUUUUGAAAACGAGUGGUGCCUUACCCCAUUUACAAUCCCUUUAUGGUUACAGUCCUUUGGUAGAUCGUGUUCAUCAUCUUGUGGAAAAAUGCAAAGACUCAUCUGACAAUGCAACUAUACCAACAAAAGUAUCCACAUACAAAUCAUGGAGCUACCAAGUUGAAAGCAAAAACGAUCUUCUUUGGACCGACAAGACACGUGCGUUAGCAAAACGAGCCCACUUACGACUGGCAACAUGGAUAGAUUUUCCACUCUUAGUCAACUGGAGUGAACACUUUGUGCAGGAUUGUGGUCUCAAUGAUGGUGAUAUGUGGACUAUGUGUGCAAAUGAGAUCAAGAAACAAAAGGCUUAUUUUUGGUGUUUGGAUGAUGGGACACCAACAGCGAUGGUAUGGAAACGGCGUGCCCUUCGUCAUGGUAUUUCGGUGGCCUAUGUUUAUACACCUGAAGAAUCAAGACAGCGAGGUUAUGCUGCUACGAUGGUAGCACAAUUCUCUGAAUAUCUAUUGGAAACCGAAGGCUACAGUUACGUGACUCUCCUGGUUGAUGGGAAUCGUGAUCCAGCAAAAAACAUGUAUACAUCCAUUGGUUAUAAAUAUGUGGGGGAAAUAUUUGCAUUAUACUAUUGAUGAAAUUUAAUUGAAUCGUUGUAUUUGUAUAUUUUUAGUGUAGUUUUAUAGUAAGAUAGUAUCAAAUGAUUCCCGGUGUAGUUUUAUUAUUAUUAUAAAUAAAUAUCAAUGUUUUCUUUUUGUAUU